CCCACCCCUGCCCUGCCCCUCCUACCUUCCAGGCAGUAGAUGAGCCCUGUGUAAACCCUCCCCUUAGAACCUGAGAGGCUUAGGAAGGAGGGAGGGCUGUUUGGUGGUGGGGCACCGGCCAAGGGUAUUUACUAUGCAGGAGGGGAGGCCAGUGGAGACAGUAGCUCUCAGCUGUGCUCUGGCUCAUCCUGCAGACAUGCACCAGCGGCAACCGGGCUCGUCUCUGGGCCUCGCCCCCGCGCAGGGGCUUUGAAUGCAGCCGCCCCCAUGAGAACACUGGCCCGGGGUUCCAAGCCUAAGCCUCUGUCUGUGGAGACUGAGCUAUGUGGGCCUGGGCCUGGGCCACAGCAGCCCUCCUCUGGCUACAGACUACAGGAGUGGGGGCACGGCUGGCCGUUCAUGUGGAGUCCCCUAAUAUUACCAUACCCAACCACAAGAGAUUGCCAGGCUCCUUCAAGCCACCAGAGGCCUCUGGACCUGAGCUCUCAGAUGCCCACAUGACAUGGCUGAACUUUGUCCGCCGGCCAGAUGAUGGGGCCUCUAGAAAACGGUGCCGUGGCCGGGCUAAGUCGCGAGGCCUCUCGGGUCUCCCAGGGCCCCCGGGACCUCCUGGCCCUCCUGGCCCUCCUGGUUCCCCUGGUAUGGAAGUCACCCCAGAGGCCUUGCUGCAGGAAUUUCAGGAGAUGUUGAAAGAGGCCACGAAACUUCGAUUCUCAGGGCUACCAGAUACAUUGUCACCCCAGGAACCCAGCCAGCGGCUGGUGGUUGAGGCCUUCCACUGCCGCUUGAAAGGCCCUGUGCUAGUGGACAAGAAGACAUUGGUGGAACUACAAGGAUUCCAGGCCCCUGCUGCCCAAGGUGCCUUUGUGCGGGGAUCUGGCCUGAGCCUGCCCUUGGGCAGAUUCACAGCUCCAGUCUCUGCCAUCUUCCAGUUUUCUGCCAGCCUGCACGUGGACCGAAGUGAACUGCAGGGCAGAGGCCGGUUGCGUACCAGGGACACUGUUCGUGUCCUCAUUUGUAUUGAGUCCCUGUGCCAUCACCACACGUCCUUGGAGGCUGUAUCAGGCCUGGAGAGCAACAGCAGGGUCUUCACAGUGCAGGUUCAGGGGCUGCUGCAGCUACAGUCUGGACAGUAUGUCUCCGUGUUCGUGGACAACAGUUCUGGAGCAGUUCUCACCAUCCAGAACAGCUCCAGUUUCUCCGGACUGCUCUUGGGUACAUAGGGGAGCCGAAGAGAUGAUGAUUGAGGAGCCAACACCUUGCCUCUUAGAGGA